ACCCUGACGUAUCGACCACCGAGACUUGUAAAAGUUAAUGCAACUCUUAUUUAAUAAUACCAUGUAUUGCUACCAUCUGCUGUUUGCAAAUUAUCAUCGCACGUUCAUAAUACAUCUUUGUUUAUCUGCAGAUGUAGAGACGAGAUACGUAUUCCAGUGUCAAUGUUUGUAAUUAUCAUUGUAAUAGUUCCGAUUGUUAGAUUUUGCUCUUUAUUACCACUCUAACAAGGGCUACAUCAAACUUCUUGUUUGGGAAUACAAAAUAUUAUUACAGAAUAUAUUUUUAUAUUAACUUGGAAAAUAUGUCGAUUACGCUUUCCUAUGCAAUUUCUGCUGUAUGUGAAUGGAACUUCUAUACAUUACUAUGUAUAUGAAUAGCUGGUAUAAUAUGGACUCGCAGACAGUUUGAAGAUCUCCUUGCAAAAUGAUCGCUAUUACGGCACUGGCGGUAUACCUCGCGACAGGCCUGACUCUCGGCUUCAAUGGAGACAGCUUCGAGCUGGAGUGCCCUGACGAGUGCGACUGCCACUACUUCAGGAUCAAUUGGGUCACCGACUGUUCCGAGAGUAACCUGACUGAAGUUCCCUACGAUGAGCUCAGUCUUAGCGUCUACAUCCUGGAUUUGAAUGAAAACAAUAUAACGAGUUUAAAGCCGUUUCCAAGUGACAUCAAGAUGAGAAGACUUCAGAUUGCUAAUAAUAAACUGACGAGGGUGGAGAGAGAGGCUUUCAAAGGGCUGGAGUAUCUGAUAGAUGUUGAUUUUUCGGGGAAUAAUAUCAGCUACGUGGAUCCCGAGGCUUUCUUAGAUUCCCGCGGUCUUCUAAACGUGGAACUCCAAGAUAAUCCAAUCGGCAACAUCGAAGGUCCGUUCCUGAUCUCCACGACGCUGCAGUACCUCGACAUCAGUAAUUGCAAUCUCACUGUUAUCAAUCCUCAGUUUUUUGAAAAUAUAACCACGCUCACUACCGUAGACCUCUCAAAUAAUCCUCUCAAGACGCUUGAAAGUGGUGUUUUCGAUGUUCUCACAAGUUUAGAAACAUUAAAACUGAACGAUUGCCAGCUCAGCAGUAUAUCGGAAAAUCUCUUUAUAUCCAGUGUGAAUUUAAAGAGUUUGGAAUUAGCUGGCAAUUUCCUAACAAACACAGACUGGUCUGAAGUUUUAGGAAAGUUGACGAGAUUGGAAUAUUUAAAUCUCAGAAAAUCUGGAAUCACUUAUCUCUCUGAGGACACGUUCUCCAAUUGCACGAAUUUAGUCUCGCUUAUUCUGGCAGAUAAUGAGUUACGCGAUUUAGACGUCGCGGCCACGUUAGGUAAUAGCGUCAAUCACUUGGAACUACUUGAUUUAUCUAAUUGUAAAAUACUGGGACCUAUAUCUGGUGAAGCAUUCGCAAAUGCCACCAGACUCAAGAGCCUUUAUCUUUCUGGCAACCCAUUGUUUGCACCAGACCUACGCGACGCACUGGCACCAUUACCAAAGCUGGAGAAGCUGUUCCUCAGUAAUUGUGGACUUCACAACCUUCCAGAUAAUUUCAACGUGUUUGACAAUCUUUUAGAGUUAGACAUAUCACACAAUCCACUUAAUAAUGUAUUCACAAGAUUAUUAGCCCCUCUCGAGAAAUUAGAAUAUUUGAACAUGGGUUACAGUAACUUGUCCUAUAUCGGACCAGACUCAUUCGCAAAGAUGACAUCUAUGAAACGGCUAGUACUCUCUGGCAAUGAUCUUUUAUCACUAGAGGCCGGACUAUUUGGAAAUCUUACACAAUUGACUACAUUGGAAUUGGAAUUUUGUGGACUCAAACGGCCUUUGAAUGCAAACGCCUUCUUUAAAAAUCUCACUUACACGGACUUGAGAGAAAUCAAACUAGGUGGUAACCCGUUAGUGAUCCCACCCGCCGGGCCCGUAUUCCCUAAACAAUUAUCCCAAGUGACAAUACUUGACUUGAGCAAUUGCAACAUAACAUCGUUGAACAUCGAUGCUUUCCAAAAUACUGUUAAUAUUACAGACCUGAAUUUAGCCGGAAACCGUAUCAGGUCCGCUGACGGAAGCCUUGCUUUCUUAGAAAGACUACAACAUUUAGAGAAAAUUAAUUUAAGCAACAAUAAUCUCACAACAAUCGAUCCGCAAGUAUUCGCACAUAAUCCGAAGCUGCAUUCCCUUAAUCUUCUUGGAAAUCCAUUCGUAUGUGACUGCAAAAUUGCAGAGAUGUGGGACUGGGCCAAUAUGAUCAAAGGAGAUUUGGACGUUCUUAUUGGCGCUAAAAGCGCAGAGAAAGAUAUCGUGGUUAAGGGUAACAAGAAGAAGAAACACCUGUAUUGCCACUACAACGAGACACAACUGCGUAACAUGAGCCUAACUCUGAAUAAAACAGUGCCAGGUAGGCGACCGUUCAUGAAACCAAGGGAGCUCACCUACGCCAACAGAACUUGGGCGAAGUACGUCAGGGAAUCGGGCUGUGAACCAGUUGUGAAAAUACUAAGGCCGGUAGCAUUGGUUGCAGAGUUAUUCGACUUUGACAACGGCUUCCAAAUAUCGUCUGGAAUCAUUCUUCUAGCGGUCAUGGCUUUGACCCUCGGCUUAGCAUCUGUUGUCAUGACUAUACGUCUUUUGAAAAGAAAUAAUACGGUAGAACUGGAUACAGAAAUAAAAAGAAAGUCGAGAUAGCAAAUAAAAGAAAAAAAUAAUUAAUAGGUGCCAGUGCUACUAAGUAAAUUACUUCAUUUUAUAUGCUAUAUUUUUAUACAUCUUUUAAUGUAGGUACUAGGUUGGUAAAUAAUGAUUGUCUCUCUAAAUUGAGGAAUAGGUGUUUACAGACACGUUGAGAAGUAAUAUUUAUUAAAAGCACAUAUUUAUAUUUUUACUAGUCAUAUAACAUAGAUUAUAAACUAUAAAUGCGUAGAAGUUCCAUGUUCCAUGAUUACCUUAUUGAACGUCUAAUAUUUGUAAAACAGCUUUGUCUAUACGAUCUUGCUUGUGAUAAAUAUGUAAGAAUUAAAAAGAAAGGUUCGAAAAUAAAAAAGACAUGAUGUCAUUGUGUAGUAGAUGUAAGGUUUCAGCCAGAUGACCUAUUUAAAUAAAAAUUAAAUAUUUUUUUA